CGGAGGCGGGGGCGGGGCGUGGGCACCUUAGCGGCUGCGCGCUGGCCGCCCCGUCCUUUCGGUCCCGGCGGCGGCAGGGCUGAGCCAGCGGCGCCCACCCCUCGGUUCUCCGCGUCCCCGCUCCGCUGUCCGCCCGCUGCGCCGCGCGCUCCGCCACCAUGACGGAACAGGCCAUCUCCUUCGCCAAGGACUUCCUGGCCGGAGGCAUCGCCGCCGCCAUCUCUAAGACGGCCGUGGCCCCGAUCGAGCGGGUCAAGCUGCUGCUGCAGGUGCAGCACGCCAGUAAGCAGAUCGCGGCCGACAAGCAGUACAAGGGCAUCGUGGACUGCAUCGUGCGCAUCCCCCGGGAGCAGGGCGUGCUGUCCUUCUGGAGGGGCAACCUGGCCAACGUGAUCCGCUACUUCCCCACGCAAGCCCUCAACUUCGCCUUCAAGGAUAAGUACAAGCAGAUCUUUCUGGGCGGCGUGGACAAGCACACGCAGUUCUGGAGGUAUUUCGCCGGCAACCUGGCGUCCGGAGGGGCGGCCGGAGCCACGUCCCUCUGCUUCGUCUACCCCCUGGAUUUCGCCCGGACCCGCCUGGCGGCCGACGUGGGAAAGUCGGCCACGGAGCGCGAGUUCAAAGGCCUGGGAGACUGUCUGGUCAAGAUCACCAAGUCUGACGGCCUCCGGGGCCUGUACCAGGGCUUCAAUGUCUCCGUGCAGGGCAUCAUCAUCUACCGGGCCGCCUACUUUGGCGUGUACGACACGGCCAAGGGCAUGCUGCCCGACCCCAAGAACACCCACAUCGUGGUGAGCUGGAUGAUCGCGCAGACGGUGACGGCCGUGGCGGGCGUGGUCUCCUACCCCUUCGACACCGUGCGCCGGCGGAUGAUGAUGCAGUCGGGGCGCAAAGGAGCCGACAUCAUGUACAAGGGGACCGUCGACUGCUGGCGGAAGAUCUUCAAGGACGAGGGGGGCAAGGCCUUCUUCAAGGGCGCCUGGUCCAACGUGCUCAGGGGCAUGGGGGGCGCCUUCGUGCUGGUCCUGUACGACGAGCUGAAGAAGGUCAUCUAGGCGCCGGCCCGCCCCGCCCCGCCGGACACGGGACCAACAGCAGCGCGUACAAUGCCUAACUCCUAACGGACCAUUAUCUUCCAGAAAUUCCACUGUCCUCGUCCCGGCCGGACCCCGAGGAGCGAGCGGCCGGGACCGGGCUCUAGACGGGGCUCCUCGUGGUCGAGACCAUCGGCACGCCGGUGCCAUGCAUCGGUGUCUGGGGUGGGGAGAGGGCAAUCCUGCCGUCUGCAUGGGUCCACGGCCAGGCAGCUCCCGACGCACGGCCCCGGGUCCAGGUGCCUGUGGGACCCGCGUUGUGUUUAAGUAUUUAUUUAACAAAGGAAUCAUGUCUCCCAUUUGUACUUAAGCACUAUCUUUUUUGCACAGCCGAAUAUCUGCGAUUAUGUUCUGUGUUGGGCGUUCUGCUGCAAAAGAAUAAAACCGGGACACAGAGA